ACCGGUACCAUGAUCGGGAAUACAGCGCGUGUGGUUCUGCUGAUUGCAGCGUCACUCUUACCGCAACACGCGUUUGGCGCGCAUUAUAGUGACAGCAAUGAGAUAGUGGAUGGUACUAGUGAUUCAGGGCGAUUCCGGGAGGAACUGCGCGUCUUGAGCAAACAAGUGAAGGAGCUGCUGGAGAGAAGGCGAGAUGAUAUGAGAAGCAUUGAAGAGAAUGUCAGACGGAGCGUGUAUGAGAGCAAGGAGGUCAUAGAGAUGAGAGCUGAAAUCAAAAGCUUAAAGUCUGAACUGCAUCAACUACGACAAGGUCAACCUGCAAGCCCACCCCACUUAGACAAAAACGACGCCCUAACCAUAAAAUGGCUCUCCCAAGCAUUGAACGAAGUUCGCUCCGAACUGAGCGAACUGCAGGUGGCACUGAACGCCACCGCCGCGCUGCGUGAGCGAGAGUCGACGCGUGCGGAUCUGCGAUUGGUGCGUGGCGAGGUGAAGACGGUGGGAGUGGAGCUAGAGCGAGCGAGGAGGCGAGUCUUCGAAGCGGAGGCAGACCGACAGACGCUUAGGGCGGAGCUAACAGCCGCGCAGGAGGGAUGGCGUGGUACUGCUGUGGCGUGCGGCAAGGCGACUAAUCAGUGUACCCAUCACUGGCAAUGAUCACACCAAGGUCCAAUCAGAAUCAAAUUACCCAGCAGCUACUGUAAUCGACAAAUCAUUUAUGUUCCAACCCCGUCUACAAGGUAGCAGCAAAAGUGCCAAGCUGAAAGCACUCCAAAUGGAGUGGAACCAAAACUGGAAAAUACUAACAGAAAAAUCUCCAGCACUUGAAACCGAAAUGGCAGUCCACCCUUCCAGACACCAGAAAAUCAUCAAGCAACAUAUCAUUCGUUUGGAGAAAACCACCAGAAGCUUGAACAAAGAGAACUACUAUCUCAAGGAAAAGAUGGUCCAAAUGGCAGACCAAAUGAGUGUGCUGAGAGAGAUGCUGAAGUCUCAGGAGGUCAUGGAACAACAAGAGCUAGCCAAUGAAAACAAAAUACAAGCGAUGCUCAGGGAAAAUAAAGGGUACCCCUUGCGUCGCGACUUGGCGGAGAAGAUAGCCAACAUUUCUGUUCAACAAGAAAUUAACACAAACGCCCUAAACAACCUAACGAAACAACUGUUGGAUUUCGACAAGCUGCACCUCUCCAUGCUGGAACUCCUGGAGAAUGUGGAGGCCAUCGAGGUCAAGGUGGACAAGAGCAUCCCAGAGCUGCGUAGGGAGAUCUCAAAACUCGAGAUUCAAAUGGCCGAAGCCUCGGCAACUGGGUCAUUGUUGAAGGAAGACCAACGAAAUAUCAUGAACAGCCUGAAGGCUGUGACUUUUACGGUGUCCACAAUGCAGGACAAGACAAAUGAAGACCAUGAACGAUUGCAGAAGGUGGACGAGAUGGUACAGAAUUUGGUCAAAUCGAAUACGCUGCAAACGUCAAAGUUGCACGAUCACAUUCUGAAGGAAGAGUCAAGUUCAGUGAACCUGAAUGCAACAAAAGCGACUAUACGUUUAGUGCAAGAGCUUCGAUCUUUUGAAAGCGAAUACAAGGACAUAGUCAAUAAACUACCCAGGGAUUGUAGUGCUGUGGACGGACCUAGUGGUCUUUACUUGAUAUCACCUGGAGAUCAGGAACCCAUCUUGGCGAAAUGCGAUUCAGGCUGGACAACAGUACAAAAACGCUACGACGGCUCUAUCAACUUCAAUAGAGAUUGGAAAGAGUACUCCAAUGGUUUUGGGUCUGCUACUGGUGAGCACUGGCUUGGAAACAAGCAUCUGCACCUCAUCACCAAGGAGAAUUGCACUAGGCUUCAGAUCAACAUGAAAGACAUCUACGGAGAGUACUGGCAAGCCAACUAUGAUGACUUCAGGGUUUCGGACUACCAAAAUGGAUUCAGAUUAUAUAUAGGAGAGUACAAAGGCAAUGCAAGUGAUGCACUGAACUACCAAAAUCUGAUGGAAUUUUCGACAGUUGAUAAUGAUCGAGACAUCUCGAACACCCACUGUGCCAGUAACUAUGAAGGAGGCUGGUGGUUCUCACAUUGUCAACAUGCGAACCUCAAUGGAAGGUACAACCUAGGACUGACCUGGUUUGACAGUUCCAGGAACGAGUGGAUAGCCGUAGCAGAGAGCGAGAUGAGAGUGAAACGGAGAGAUGUCUGCUAAUGAGACAACCAUAACUGAUAGCAGCAACAAUGGUUGAAGUAGUAGUCUACAACCCUUGUUUCAACUUAAGGCAGUUACCACAUCUCAUGGCCGAUACAUUGAGUACUCUCGUGCCAAAAGGAAGCAAGGGCUGUUCCCAAAGAGUUAUGUUCCAAAGAAAAAACAGCAAAUUUGUACAGAUGUAAAUAUCGUAAUAUCGUUUUAAGAAAAAACCUGAAUUUUAUAGCCUUUUUGACUAAUCAAAGCUGUAAUGUUCAGACAUCGCAACACGGCACAACAUAUUUCACUUUAAAGCACAGGGAAUAAACUAGCAUCGGCGUCCACAGAGGGGUACCAGGAGCCGUGGUCUACCUUGAAAAACCAAAAUGUGCAUAUCUAGAAUGAAUGUGUGUACAAUUUUGUUGAUUUUUUGAAUUUGGUACCCACAGAAAAAAAUUCUCUUCUAAAAGUUUUAGGAGCAGAAACACUUUCACAAAAAGUUCUCUUUCCAAUAAUCGCCCGAGAAAAAUUCCUGCGGGCGCAUAAUUAUGUAAACUAAGGUCAAAUUAAAAAAAAUACAAAAAACAUUUUAUUCUAGUGCACCUUGUGUAGUGAGUAGGAGACUAAAAAUUCUACAGGGUGUCCCGAAAAAAGUGUACAAUAUUCUACCAGCGAUUUCUAGAGCUUAAAAUAGGAAGAACAGUUUAUAUAAACAUAGGGCGACAAACGUCCCCUAAGGGCGCUACGGUCUUUUAAAGGGCUCCCCUGAAGAUGGUUUUUCCUUAAUAUUUCCGAAACGUGUUGAGAUAAAGACAUAAAAUUUGGUAUUUUAGACAGUUUUGUUUGGACGCGUAUGUAACAGGGACGAACUCAGGUUAUUUUAGCCCCAAAAUUUUUGUGUGAUUCUACUUUUGAAAUUCAAUUUUAGAAUUUGAAAAUUUAGGGUUUUCUACAUAAAAAAGGUAUUCUUAUUGAAUAUCGAUAAAUUGUGCCAUUUUUGAAUAAAAUCAAACCAAAAAAUUUGUCACAUGAUAGGAAAUGUACUGCG